AUGCAAUACUCUCGACGCCAGCUUCAGUUCCUUCCCUUCCCUCCUUUCCCCACUGCACCAGCCCCACCACCUGUCAGACAACCGCCCCCCGGCACCACCGUAUCCAGCACCAACAUCACAGCCCAGCUGUCCUUCAACGCAUCUGCCACCACCACAACGAAUUCUCCCAACUCUGUCGCCGUCACUAGCACUACUACAACUCCCGGGGGAGUUACGGCUAUCUCCCCGAACACCACUGGUGGUCCUGCAGCAACUGGUGCUGGUCCUCAUGGGUCGUUAUUCCCGCCUGUUUUUCCGAAUCCUGUUACCACGGCGGGGGGCGCUUUGCUGGGGGCUGUUGGAGGCGCCACCACUGGAGCCUUGGCAGGAGCUGCUGCUGGUGCGGCUGCUGCGAGUGGCGAGGGCAACGCGACUGGUGCGGGAGGGGCUGGACAGGGAGCGGGAGUUACAGGAUCAGGAACCACUAUGGCUGCUGUACCGUCCCCUGCAGUCGUGCAACCACCACCACCGCUAAUUCUGCCUCCAGCGCAGCAGCAGCAAUUGACCCCACCACUGCCACCAGCACAACAGGGAGCAGGUACUGCUGGGGGAGGUUUUCCAGGUUUUCCUGCUGUGCCUGCGGGGAAUUUUGCUGCUGGUGCUGUGCUUGGGAGUGCUUUGGGCGCAGCUGCUGGCACAGCUGCCGCUGCAGCAGGUUCGGCAGUGGCAUCGGCGGCCCAGUCUGCAGCACCUACGCCUCCCCAAAUUCCACCUCCACAGCAGCAGCAAGUUCAGAGCCCUGCCCCGCCAGCAGCUGCAGUGACACCAGGAGGUAUUGUCAAUGAGACCCUGAAUGCGGUGGGAGAGUUAUCUGGUCAAGGGAGUGUUGUGGUGAACGGCAAUGAGAUGCAGAUGCAGCUACGGGCAGGGAGGGGGCUGCAGGUUCAAUGCGACUUCUUCUUCCUCUACAAUCGAGCGCGUCCGCCCGUGUUCCGACUCUCGCCGCAGCAGGUCAACCGACUGCUCAGCCCACCCGUGUACCACAGGUCUGGGGUGAAAGUGAUAUCCGCGAACAGCAACGGCAACAUGAGCUGCAAUGGCCCCCAGUGCAGCCCGAUUUUCUACUUCACCAGCCCCACCGUCGGGCCUUCGGGCGGCGGGCGCUUUCCCAUGGCAGCCAACUGCUUGGCGCACCACCCCAUCCCCACAUACGUCUACCAGGAGUACCGCCUAAAGUGUAUUCUUCUUUACAUGGAUAACCUCGUUUUGCCACGUGUUGGCUGGUUGAAUCCGAACGACAACAAGCAAGAGAAAUUUCCAGAGUGUCCCGACUUCACCAUUCCCUUCCGCUCCCCGCAUUUGUUUUCCCCCGUCUCACCCCCGUCCCUUUCCACCUUUCCCCCUGAGUCCGCUGCUAUACACACUGACCUGCGGACCCUCCCUUCCUUCCCUCCUUCCCCCCCAUUUCCCCCCACCCACCCACCCCUCCCCUCCUCCCCCCCCUCUCCCCCUCCCCCUCCCUCCCUUCCCCCUCUUUCCCUUUCUCCUCCUCUCAACCCUGUUUGCGCGCUCUGGUGCGCCCCCCUUACCCCCUCAUGUGCGCCCCCCUGUGCGCACCCAGCGCCCAGCGCGGCGGAGUUCCGCACGGGAGUGCAGCGCAACGGCAACAUCGCGAAGCUGCAGGCGGGGUACCUGUUCCCCGAGGUGGCGCGGCGCAAGGCCGCGCACAUUGCGCGCACGCCCUCCGCCAGCGCGCGCAUGAUCAGCCUGGGGAUAGGCGACACCACGGAGCCCAUCCCCGCCGUCAUUGCGCAAGCCAUGGCGGACGUGAGUGCGGGGGGGAAGAGGAGGGGUGGGGGGAAGGGGCGGAGGAGGGGAAUGGAAGGGGAAGAGGGGGUGAAGGGGGAGGGGAAAGGGGGGGCGGAGGGGAGGGAUGUGCGGGGGCGAUUUGAGUCGACUACAACGUGUGGGUUUCCUGUGAGCAACAACCAUGAUGCGUGGUCUAAGGCCCUUCGUCGCGGCAUAGUGGCGGCAUUCUAUGAGGGCAUGGGCGUGGCGCAUGAUGAUGUGUUCGUGUCUGAUGGGGCCAAGUGCGACAUUGCCCGCCUGCAGAUGAUGUUCGGUGCCAACGUCAGCAUGGCAUGCCAAGACCCAUCAUACCCAGCAUACGUGGAUACGAGUGUGAUCAUGGGGCAGACAGGCGCGUACGACCCCUCAUCGCAGCACUACGGCAACAUCAUGUACCUGCGCUGCUCGCCUGAGAACGACUUCUUCCCUGACCUCGCCUCUGCGCCUCGCACCGACAUCAUCUUCUUCUGCUCGCCCAACAACCCUACUGGCAAGGCGGCGUCACGGGCGCAGUUGGAGGAGCUCGUGGCGUUUGCGCGGCGCAACGGCUCCAUCGUGGUGUAUGACAGCGCGUACGGCAUCUACAUCGAGGACGACAGCCCUCGCUCCAUUUACGAGAUCGAAGGCGCUCAUGAGGUGGCCAUAGAAACCGCAUCUUUCUCCAAGUACGCGGGCUUCACAGGGGUGCGCCUGGGGUGGACGGUCGUGCCUUCCACCCUGCGCUAUGCCAACGGCCAUGCAGUGAGAGCGGACUUCAGCCGCAUUGCCAACACCGCGUUUAACGGCGCCAGCAACAUCGCACAGGCGGGCGGCACCGCUUGCGUCUCAUCGCAAGGCCUCCAGGCCAUGCGGGGUCUCAUUGCUUUCUACAAGGAAAAUGCGCGCAUUCUAAAGACCGCAUUCUCAGAAGCAGGUCUAGAGACCAUGGCGGAAGAGCCAGUCGAUUCCGCUCCACCAGUCGAAUCUGCUCCACCCGUCCAGGCUGCUCCACCCGUCGACUCCACUCCACCCGUCGAGUCUGCUCCACCUGUCGAAUCUGCUCCACCUGUUCAGGCUGCUCCAGCCGUAGAGUCAGUUGCACCCGCCGAGUCCGCUUCACCUGUAGUGUCCACGCCACUCGUCGACUCCGCUCCACCCGUCGAGUCCGCUCCACCUGUAGUGUCCACUCCUCCCGUCGAGUCCACUCCACCCGUCGAUUCCGCUUCACCCGCCGCCCCUUCCGCGGAUGACUCCGCCACUCCGCUGCUGGCGGAAGACGCCGGUUUGGGUGCCCAGGCGCAAAAUUUGACUGAAGGAUCGGUGAAGCUAGGAGGCGAGGUGAAAUCGGGAGGGGAAGGGGAGGGUAAAGAAGCGGGGGAGAAGACGGGAGGGGGAGCGGAGGGUCAAGGGGAAGGGGAGCGGCCCGAAUCGGGGGGGGCCUCCUCAGGGAGCGGAGCGGGGGUUCCGCGCAGCGCGGAUGAGAUAGCGGCAAUCAGCGCAGCGGUCGCCGCCGCGACAAGCGGAUCCGGCGGAACAGCGGAAAGCUCGGAGGUGAAGCGGGGGAAGGGCGGAUGGGGAGGUCUAGGAAGCGCGAGUGCGAAAAUAUCGCGCGUGCGGCUCGAAGACGUGGCAGAAGAAGGAGAGGUGCAGGGCAGCGAAGCUUCGCGUCUCAGCGCGGCAUCAGUGGGAGAGGGGGAGAAGGAUAUGCGCGUGCCUCCGCCGACUCCGCGCACUCCGCGGCCGGGGGAGGAAGGGUGGCGCGCGCGCAUAGGACGCGGGGAGUCGUGGAGCGAGGCGCUGCUGCUUCCGCUGACGGCGGGGUUUUCGGAUUUCGACGUGGUGGAUCCAAAGCAUGCGAGCAGCGACGCGCUGAUGCGAUGGCGCCGCAUGGCGCUCGUCAGAAACGCGACGAGGCGCUUCCGAUACACGGCGGACCUGCAGCAGAGACGAGAUCAAGAGUCCAAACCGCCUACUCCUAAGGUGUGGACGCACGCGGCCCCUCUCUUCUCGCGCGCCAUUCCUCCUUUACUCUCUCUGCUCCUCACUUCAUCGCACCCUCUUUACGCACCCUUGGUUUCCUCUUCCCCCAGGACUACUACCAUCCGUCCCUCCCCCCUUCUCCCCCCCCCCACCCUGCCCCCCUUCCACCCACUCCCCUGCUGCCUCUUCUGCGGGAUUUCGUCUGUGUCCUCCGUCCUCCCAUCCCAUGUAGCUUCUUCUUCCCUUCUCCCCUUGUUCCCUUCCCCCCUCCUCCCGCCUCCCCCCCUCCCCCUCUCUCCCUCUCUGCCUUCGUCGCCUUCCACCAUCCCACCCCACGCCCGGGCCACACACACAUCUCAGAUGUCGACUGGCCUCUCUCGUUUCAGAGGAGCUGCCAAGGCGCUCAAGGCAGUGGCGCGCUUCAAAUCAGUGCUCCCCCGCCUGUCAGACGCGGCGUAUAGGGCCGCGCGCGCGGAGGGCUUUGGCGUGAGCGCGAAGCAGCUGGCGGUGAUGGUGGGGGGGCAGGACGCGAGCGCGCUCGACUCGUUCGGGGGCGCGGGGGGGGUGGCGCGGCUGCUGGGGAGCAACGUGGCGGAGGGAAUAGGCGGGGGGGAGGGGGAUCUGAUGCGCAGGCGCAAGGUGUAUGGCGCGAACACGUUCCCGGAGCAGCCUGCUAAGACGUUCGUGCAGUUUGUGUGGGACGCCAUGCAGGACAUGACGCUGUGGAUCCUGGCAGUCUGCGCAGUGGUGUCCCUGCUGGUGGGCAUCAUAACGGAGGGGUGGCAGGAGGGGUGGUACGACGGAGUGGGAAUUCUCAUGAGCAUUGUGCUCGUGGUCUUCGUCACUGCCACUAGUGACUACAGGCAAUCGCUGCAGUUCCAGAUGCUGGACCGGGAAAAGAAGAAGGUAUCGGUGGAGGUGGUGCGCGGUGCAGUGCGGCAGAAGGUGUCUAUCUACGACCUCGUGGCAGGGGACGUCAUUGUGCUAUCCACAGGGGAUAUAGUCCCUGCUGACGCUGUAUUUAUUGGAGGGCACAGCCUGGUGGUGGACGAGUCGAGCAUGACGGGCGAGAGUGUGCCGGCGUACAAGGGCAAGGACGCGCCCUUCUUCCUUGCGGGCACCAAGGUGCAGGACGGCCAUGGCACCGCGCUCGUGGUGGGCGUGGGCAUGAACACGGAGUGGGGGCAGCUCAUUGCCAAGCUCACGGACAGUGGGGAUGAUGAGACGCCGCUGCAGGUGAAGCUGAGUGGGGUGGCGACGCUGAUAGGGCGGGUGGGGCUGUACGUGGCGCUGGUGGUGUUUGUGGUGCUGCUUGCGCGUCUGCUGCUCUCCACCAGCAUAUGGGACUGGUCCUUCCACCACACAUUGCAGGUUGUGGAUUACUUCGCAGUGGCAGUCACCAUAGUCGUCGUGGCAGUGCCAGAGGGCCUACCCCUAGCGGUAACCCUAUCGCUCGCCUUCGCGAUGAAGAAGAUGAUGAAGGACAAGGCGCUCGUGCGCAAGCUAGCAGCGUGCGAGACCAUGGGGUCUGCCACGACCAUAUGCAGUGACAAGACGGGCACGCUGACUGCGAAUCAGAUGACGGUGGUGCAGGCGUGGGUGCUGGGACACGUGCGCAAGGUGCCGCUGCUGCAGCCGCAGGAGAUGCGCGAUAUGGAGGAGUGGAAGCUCCCCGAAUCCCUCUCCGCCCCGCUCCUGCAAAACGUCUUCAUCAACACCAGUGGAGACGUGCAGCUGCCCACGCCGCCCGCCCCGCCGUCCUCUGCCCCAGUCGUCCUCGGCACGCCCACAGAGCAGGCCAUUCUCACCUGGGGCAUGCACCUCGCCUCCCCCUCCGCUUUCUCCUCCACCCGCUCCUCCGCCACCAUUCUCAAGCUAGAGCCGUUCAACUCGCAGCGCAAGCGCAUGGCGGCAGCGGUUCGCCUGCCUAACGGGGGCGUGAGGGUCAUGUGGAAGGGCGCUGCGGAGAUUAUUCUUGCGAGCUGCACCCAUGCAGUGGUGGGGGUAGCGGCAGGGGAAGGGAAAGGCGACGGGGUGGGAGAGAAAGGGUGCUCCGAGGCAGUAGUAGCGCCUAUAGAUCUUGAUGCCUUGGGGAAGGUUGUGGAGGAAUCAGCUACUGCGGCACUGCGCACUCUAUCUCUGGCAUACAGGGAUUUGAGUGCGGAGGAGGUGGAGCAGAUGGGGUUGGUGAAGGGAGGGGAGUGGGUGGCGGAUGUGGCGAUUCCGGAUGAGGGGUUGACGCUGAUGGCGGUGGUGGGGAUAAAGGACCCGCUGCGGCCUGAAGUGCCCCGCUCUGUCAUGCUGUGCAAGCGCGCAGGGAUCAUGGUGCGCAUGGUAACGGGGGACAACCUGAGUACGGCCAUAGCCAUUGCACGGGAGUGUGGCAUUCUGACAAGCGAGGGCGUGGCAGUGGAGGGGCCCAAGUUCCGAGUCAUGAGCGACGAGGAGCGGAGGGAGCUCGUGCCCCGCCUGCAGGUGAUGGCACGGUCUUCCCCCACGGACAAGCACCUGCUGGUGUCGCUGCUGCGGGAGAUGGGCGAGGUGGUGGCCGUCACAGGCGACGGCACCAACGAUGCACCCGCGCUAAAGGAGGCCGAGAUCGGGCUCGCCAUGGGCAUUGCGGGGACAGAGGUGGCAAAGGAGAGUGCGGACGUGAUAGUGAUGGACGACAACUUCUCCUCGGUGGUGAAUGUGGCCAAGUGGGGGCGCAGUGUGUACACCAACAUCCAGAAGUUCGUGCAGUUCCAGCUCACAGUCAACAUCGUCGCUCUCAUCACCAACUUCGUCUCCGCCUGCAUCACAGGCACGGCCCCCCUAACCGCAGUGCAGCUGCUGUGGGUGAAUCUAAUCAUGGACACUCUCGGUGCUCUCGCCCUCGCCACCGAGCCCCCAAAAGAGUCGCUCAUGCACAUGAAGCCCGUGGGGCGGCGCACGCCCUUCAUCACGCCCUCCAUGUGGCGCAACAUUGCAGGGCAGGUGGUGUUCCAGCUGCUCGUGCUCGCGCUGCUGAACCAGUUUGCCGCGUUCCUGUUUGGGCUGCAGGGGCCACUGGCUGCCGCUACCAAGCGCACGCUUGUGUUCAACACGUUUGUAUUCUGCCAGCUAUUCAACGAGAUCAACUCACGGGAGUUGGACGAGGUGAAUGUGCUGCACGGCAUGCACCAGAACGUCAUCUUCCUCGCCAUCCUCCUCUUCUCCACUGUCUUCCAAGUCUGCCUCGUGCAAUACCUCGGCAAGUUCGCCUCCACCGUGCCGCUCACGCCGCUGCAGUUCGCAGCGUGCAUCUUCAUCGCGUCGCUGAGUCUCCCUGUGGCAGCAGCGGUGAAGCUGAUAGAGGUGCCGAAACAGUCGGUGGUGGCUAUGGAGCGGCUUACUAGCAGCAUCUCGGCCCGCCUGCAGGUGUUUUUUCCGGAGGAGGGGAAAGCGCAGGAGCCAGGGGGCGGGAAGGAGGUGAAGCAAGAGUGA